ACAACUCCUGCAUGGAUUUGUGAAGCCACAAUAUAAACCCUCUUCCUUGACCCUUUUCCUAUAUAUUGUUUUAAAUAAUUUGGAUAGAUACUUUCAAUAUCUAUAUUUGUUCCAUGGAGGCUACUUCCAAUGGGUUGACGAAAGGUGCAUGGACUGCUGAAGAAGAUAGUCUCUUGAAGCAAUGUAUUGAUAAGUAUGGUGAAGGCAAAUGGCACCAAGUUCCUUUAAGAGCUGGGCUAAAUCGAUGCAGGAAGAGUUGUAGACUAAGAUGGUUAAACUAUUUGAAGCCAAGUAUCAAUAGAGAAAAAUUUAGCACUGAUGAAGUUGAUCUUCUUCUUCGCCUCCAUAAGCUUCUAGGAAAUAGAUGGUCCUUGAUCGCGGGUCGAUUGCCUGGUCGUACCGCAAAUGAUGUUAAGAAUUACUGGAACACCCAUUUGAGUAAGAGGCAUGAACUGUGUUGUAGUUCCAAAAUGAAAAAGAAAAACAUUACUUCCCCUCCUACCACACCUGCCCAAAAAAUCGAAGUUUUCAAGCCUCGACCUCGAUCCUUCUCCGUUAAAAACGCAUGUAGCCAUCUCAAUGGCUUUCCAAAAGUUGAUGUUAUUCCUCCAUGCUCUGGACUCAACAACAAUAAUGUUUGUGAAAGUAGUAUCAUAUGUGGCGAAGAUGAGAAGAAUUAUGAGUCUGUGUAUAAAAAUCUAAUGGAUAAAGACAAUAUGUGGUUGAAGAGUUUAUUAGAGAGCCAAGAGGCAGAUGCACUGGGUCCAGAAGCAACGACAAUAGAAAACGGGGCCACUUUGGCAUUUGAUGUUGAACAACUUUGGAACUUGUUUGAUGGAGAGACUGUUGAACUUGAUUAGUGUUUAUGACUGUAUGUUUGUUUUUUUCUGCGUUUGUGUUUUGCAAAAUAAAAAGUUGUGUUUCGG